UCGGGCUGUGUGGAGCGCGAGCUGACGCGCGGCUGCUUUAGCUGUGAACCGCAGGGAUGUCAAACACGCGCCGCGCACGCAAGGAGAAGAGAACAGACAGACAGGUCACUUGCCAGCAUCAAAAAACAGGGCACCUCCUCUCUGACCUGAUUCACUGCAUGUGAGUAAGAGGAGGCGAAUAUCGGGUACUAUGUACCCGAGUUGUGGGUGCGUGCGUGUGCCUCUGAGCGCGCGACGCUGUAAAGGCAGCGCGUGCGGAUUCUGCGGCAGCUGUGAACGCGGAAUAACGGGAUCGGAAAACUCAGCGAGGCAUGGAAAAGCACGCUGAGUACUGAGCAAAUAAUCAACUAGACAGUCAUUUGCAGACGUAUCCAUUGUGUGCGCCUCCGGGCGCCCUAUUAUUUGAUCGAAAUAUCACAGUGGAUAUGAAGGCAAGCAUGCAGUAGAAUAUUUCUCAUACGAAUCCAGACUCGUUGGGUUCGGUGCAAGUGAUUCUGCAGUUUCUGUCCGUGGUCAAUUUCAAAUCUGCCGGAAAGACAUCAGAUUUGUUCUUGCAAUGCCACAACAAAUUACAAGGAUGCAAACUCAUGAGGGGCGAAAAAGGAACUGAGCUAUAUCUGCACUGAAUGAACAGUGUGCUGCCUGUGUAGAAUGUUGUCACGAUAACAUCAGCCUGACUCUGCUCUGACUGUGGCAGGUGGAAGACUGGAGGGGUCAGGCUGAGAUUAGGGGCCGAGUCAGGAGUGAAUCAGCGUGGGUUUGAUUGACAGACGGCUCGGUGGGAAACAAGGCCUCGGGAGAGCGAGAGUCCGAUAAGAGGAGUGAAAGCGUCACAACAGCAAUAUCAUCUUUCAGUCCUCAUUACCACUUGUCUUUCACAACAUGGCCUCUACAGUGGCACCGUUCUCCUCUGACACUGCCUCUUUGGGGACAUAGCAAGACACUAGAUACUGGACACAUGGACACAUUUCUGUAGGCUGCUUCAAAAAGUGUCUUCAGACUUCAAGACAUCAGUUUUAAGGUGUUCGUUAUCAACUUUAAGGCAAACUGUCCUUUACAACUACCGUUUCUAAGAAAGGAAAUCCUUUUGGGAGUUUCAAAAAGGCUGACAAGGUACAAGGAACAUUUUGGGAAGUGGUUAACUCAUUUUAUAUGUUUCUGUGUAACAUCGAAGGCCAGUGCGUGUGGCUCGAGAGCCUGACAUGGCCAGACCUCUGCUAAAGAUCCACCGCUAUUUCCGACGUAAACCGGUGCGCUUUUUCUCCUUCAUCCUCCUCUACCUUACUGCUGGCAGCCUUGUUUUCCUCCACUCUGGCUUCUCCAGUGAUACCUCCACCACUGGUGGUUCUGGGAGUGGCCGUGACCCACUUAUAUCUGAAGUGGGGGGCGGCACAGGUGGAGGGAGCUCUACCUCUGAAGGUUUGGGACUCUUACGGAGGGUGUUUAAAGAGACAAGGAGAGCCCCCCGGAGAUUUGGACCACUGUGGAUGAAGAAAAAUGGGGCACAGGAUGCACCGGAGUGGGUAGGACGAGGAGGAGAUCAUACCAGUAGCUGGAGCCAUGGAGCCAAAGGAAGAACCACCAAAGAGAUGAAUGAUGAGAGAGUAUAUCCAGCACCAAAUGUUCACACGGACACCUCACCAUCAAAGUACAUCGGGUGCUAUGUUGAUGACACACAGAAACGGGCUCUUAGAGGAGUGUCCUUCUUUGACUACAAAAAAAUGACUGUCUUCCGUUGCCAGGACAACUGUGCUGAAAGGGGAUAUCUCUAUGCCGGUCUGGAGUUUGGAGCAGAGUGCUAUUGUGGCCAUAAGAUCCAGGCGCCCAAUGUGACAGAGAGUGACUGUAAUAUGGAGUGUAAAGGGGAGAAGAAUAACCUCUGUGGAGGACCAAAUCGACUUUCUAUAUACAGACUGGAGCUGAGUCAGGAGUCUGCACGUCGAUAUGGGAGUGCCAUUUUUAAGGGAUGUUUCAAGAGGCCUGACAAUGUGACCCUGGCACUUCCUGUUAGUGCCGUCAUUCAAAACAUGUCAGUGGACAAGUGUGUAGACAUGUGCACAGAAAAAGAAUAUUCUCUGGCAGCAUUGGCUGGGGAAAAAUGUCACUGUGGAUUUCCCACUUCUCUGUUUACCCUACAUGAGCGUGAGGAUGAGGAAAUGUGUCUGCAACGCUGCACAGUAGAAGACUUCGAGAGCUGUGGGAACAAUAACUUCUUUGUUGUGUACCAGACACAAGUUCAGGAUAAUCGCUGCAUGGACCGGCACUUUUUACCCACUCGCACCAAGCAGCUCAUGGGACUGGCUAGUUUCCCAGGAGCAGGGAAUACCUGGGCCCGUCACCUUAUUGAACUGGCUACUGGCUACUACACUGGGAGCUACUAUUUUGAUGGCUCACUGUACAACAAAGGUUUUAAAGGGGAGAGAGAUCACUGGCGCAGUGGUAGAACAAUAUGUAUCAAGACUCACGAGAGUGGCAAGAAGGAGAUUGAUGCCUUUGAUGCCAGCAUCCUUAUGAUCCGGAACCCUUACAAAGCCCUCAUGGCUGAAUUUAACCGAAAGUAUGGAGGCCAUAUUGGAUUUGCCUCCCAAGCUCACUGGAGGGGCAAAGAGUGGCCAGAGUUUGUGAAGAACUAUGCUCCAUGGUGGGCAUCCCACACACUGGACUGGCUGAAAUACGGGAAGAAAGUUCAUGUGGUGCACUUUGAGGAGUUAAAGCGCAACCUUUUCUCUCAGUUAAAAGCCAUGGUCAUCUUUCUGGGCCUGGAGGUCUCCGAGGACCGUCUGUUGUGUGUGGAAGGACAGAAAGAUGGGAACUUCAAACGUUCUGGGCUGAGAAAACUAGAAUAUGACCCUUACACGCCUGAAAUGCGUGGCAACAUUGAUAGGCUUAUUAAGACUGUGGAUGCAGCACUCAAAAAGAGAAACCUGUCUGGUGUACCUGAGGAGUACAGGCCGAGAUGACACUCAUCUUUUACCUUUGCUUUAGUUCACAACACAUAGGAGGGACACACACUUUACGCUUUAAAUAUUUUUUCAGCUUUUCCCCUUUUUAGAAUUUUGAAUUGUACAUUACUGUUGUUCCCUUUGUUUGUGUUCUGUUUUAAAGGAAUAGUACACAGAAAAAUUAAAACUGUCAUUAUUUGCUCACCCUCGUGUCACACAAUGCUAUUAGAUGACUAUAGAAGACUUGGAAUAUAUAGCGAACAAGCCAUAUAGAAUAAUUCCAUUAUUCUUUAUUAUGCUUUUAUGGUAUUCUGUGCCCUUUUUGGAGCUGGAAAGCUCCAGUACCCAGUCAUUGUCAUUUCAUAGAUAAAAGCAAACAGGACCUUAUACAAAAUUCCACAGAAGAACACAAAAAUUUCACUGUACAUCUUGCCAUUGCAGACUCUCGAUUACACUUCUUAGUGCUUGGCGCAUGCGCAGAGUGCUAGAUGAAGUGUAAUCGAGCUUGAAAUUGAUCUGCAAGGAGAAUGCUGUCAAUAUGAACCCUUUAAUUUCAAUGUAAUUACCAUCUGGCCACCUUACUUGAAGGGAUAGUUUACCCAAAAAUAAAAAUUCUACCAUGGAACACAAAAGGAAAAAUGUUAGGGAUUGUCAAACUCAGUCACCAUUCACAUUUAUUGCAUCUUUUUUCCAUACAAUGAAAGUGAAUGGUGACUGAGGCUGUCAUUCUACCUAACCUAAAGUAAUAAGGUUUUGGAUUAACAUAAAGAUAAGGAAAGUAUGACAGAAUAAAAAUGUUUGUGGGAACUGUCCCUUUAAGUCAGGAUCACAAAUUCUGUUAAUUAUCCCAGGCAAUGACUAUUUAUGCUGUCUAUGAAAGCUUCGUCUAUAAUAUCAGCAAGACAUUCUGACCACUGUUAGAUGGACCCAAGUGUUUCCCCUACACACAUCACCUCUGUUUUAUCCUACUGGCCUUUUCUGCACCUCGAGAGACCAUGAACCCUAAAGCACUUUAGUCACAUUUUAAUUAUAUGAACAGUGAUUUCAUCCGUUUAACACCUGAACCCCAGUUUCCUGUCCCCACAAAGAUUUGGACCUUGCCUUCAGAUGUUUUGGUGCUUCUUGCAACAGAUUAAAAUAAUAGCUCUGGACAACAACAAAAAAGGCUUCAACCUUUAUUACAACCAAGGUAUGCCACCAGUAUUAGACAAAUGCAUGGCGAACUCAUAAACAUGACAUUUUAUUUGUCACUUGCCUGCAAAUUACUAAAGGCAGGGACCAGAUAAUAAUUCCUCAUUGGACUCAUGAUUUAGAAGAAAGCAACAAAGUUCUUUUGUUUCUGCUUCUUCAUUAAAAUUAAUUACCUUUUACAUUUUUAUUUUUUUCAGUGAGGUUUAGUAAAUAUUUGCAGUGGGCAAUUCAAAAACUCCUCUGUUCAUAAAGAGGUUGGGGGCUUCUUGUAAAUUGCUUGAAAUGGCAUAAUGACUGGCCCUUUUAGAGUUCUACCGCCUUUAUUCUUUCACAAUAUAGUUACUGUAUCAAUUAAGCAAAAACCCCUUCUCCACCAAUUUGUGUCCCAAUUUAGAUUAGGAGAGCGGUUGCAGUGCUGCCCUGAAUUAAUUUGUACUUUCCAUUUCCCUUGACAACAUCUGUAAACACAGUCAAAAUAUUCCUACCCAAAUAUCAAUAUACUGUGUAUCACGUUUUGGGUGCUAUUAUAAACUUGUUCCCUGUAAAAAUGUUCAGAUUUGUUCUUUUUGUUUUUAGAGUUUUAAUUGCAAAGGUUUUUUUAUUUAUUCAAAACUCCAAGUCAACACUAUAUUCUAUAAAUUAGAAAAUAAUCAAGAAAUAAGGGGUGAAACCAAGUAUGAAGCAACAUGCAAAAGAAACUCAGAGAUUCUAAACAUCAAACAGUUGUCACGGCUCCGGUGAGUUCACUGGUUUAUUAUGUUGUUUUGUUUUUCUCUCUCCCUCAUGUCUCGCAGGCGGAGCCGGCACACAUGAUCAGUGUUUCCAUGGGAACAGUGAUCACUCCCAGGGAAGUGCUGAUCAUGCUGCUGAUUAACAUGCUAGCUACACCUGUUUCACACUGAUUGCACUCCCUAUUAAUACUUGUAUGCCCUAACUGUCUUCACUAGAUUAUUGCUUGUGCUGUCAAGUGGCUAACCUUGCUCUCUUUGUCUAGUUGGUGCUGUCUCAUGUAUCUGUUGGUUGCCUGUCUUUGCCUGUGUGUCGGGAAGUGUGGUUACCUUCCAGUUUGCUGUACGCCUGUCCUUGCCGCCCACAAAUCACCAGUGGAGGAUUCCUCGUCUUUGCCUGCGUAUCAGGAAAACGACUGCCCUCCUUCAUCCGGGCUUUGUUCUCUGUACCACACCAUGCUUCAAUGGACUCUUCCUAUGGAUCUGCUCCUGACUUCCACAACGCAUACACCUGUUUAUGAACACACUCCUCCUUUGCCCUCUGCGCGCCCACUAUGUGCACACAGACUUGUUCCUCGUCUCCUGCCACUGCUGGGAUUCUAAUACUUCGCCAGCACAGUUUAUGUUGACAUUUGUUGUAAAUAAAUCCUUUGAAAUGUUCUUCUGCAGUUGGGUCUCUGUCACACUCACUUUGAGAGAAUAAUCUAGCCAAGCAUGGACCCAGCAGAGGAAUCUACUAUUCGCUCUACCCUCUCGCAGCAAGGAGCGCUGCUAGGGCAUCAACAAGACCAAAUCUCCACUUCUAAUCGGGCAUUGGAUAUUGCUGAACUCACCGCGGUGGUCCAACAGCUCUGCCCUUCUCCUGAUCCCGGUCCCUCUCCUGAAACACCCCCAUCAGCUUCGACGGUUCACCAUGGCCCUUGGCGCCCAGAGGCUCACAUCCUCCCUCCAGCUCCGUUCUCAGGUGACACGAUGAAGGAUGUUAUCUUGCUCCUCUCCAGAAGGGCUGGUGAAUGGGGAACUGCCAUUUGGAACAACAGACAUCUGUGCUGAGCCACGUAUGAAGCUUUCUCCAUCUGAACUUCACCGGGUGUUAUCCAGACUGUCCCAUGUAGAUCGGUGAGUCACUGACUAUGUGAUUGAGUUUCGCACCCUGACCGCUUGUGUGACCUGUUCUUGCUUGGGCUUUCCGGAUGUCCAGGAUGAGAAUUAUCCUUUGGAUCUCCCCACUCGUUUUGAUAACUUGGUGGACCUGGCUAUCCGAGUCGAUCAACGCCUGACUCUAUGCCGUAAUCAACGUUGACACCACUCUUCACCCUCUCGAGCAGCUGACUAUUCCCUCUGACCCACUAUUUCGACCAGGUCACCUGUAUCUCACCCCAACACUGAGCCCAUGCAAUUCGGGAGAACCCUGAUGUCACGUAUGGAGAAGCAGCAAUGCCUAGUUAAGGGACUAUGCUUUGCUUGUGCCCGGUCGGGCCAUUUCUCUUCUUCCUGCCUGGUUAAAAGACACCACUCAUCAGUAGGAAGGGGGUUACUGGCGAGCCCAACACCUUUGAAAAAAGCCCCCGGACUUCGUAAUCUUCUCCCGGCCUGGCUGCAGUAUGGCUUAGCCAGUCACACGGUUUCGGCUCUGGAAGGAAACUUCAUUUACAUCGAGUUGGCCUCUAAAUGGCGGCUUCCUAGGGUCCAGUUGGAUGAACCCAUCACCGCCCACACCCUCAGUGGCACGCUCCUGUCAGUCAUCACCCAGUCUACCAAGCCAGUCACCCUCAUCUCUGGUAAUCACUCAGAACAACAGUCCUUUUAUCUUAUCCGAUCCCCAUCGACCCUGGUAGUGUUGGGGCAUCCAUGGUUGGUAACGCACAACCCACACAUAGAUUGGACAACCAACACUCUUCUUGCUUGGAGCUCUUAUUGUCUUAAUUCUGCUGUCUCCCCUGUCCAGUCUUGUGUUUCGUUGCAGGAUGAGCUGGCGGAUUUGUCCGGAGUGCCGUUGACGUACCAUGACUUGAGGGCAGUGUUCAGCCAGUCCCGCGCCGCGACCCUCCCUCCUCAUCGCCCGUACGACUGUGCCAUUGAACUGCUUUCUGGCACCUCUCCUCCUUGGAGACAGCUGAAUUCGCUCUCAGCUCCCGAGUGGAAGGCCAUGAACAGCUAUAUCAAUGAUUCUCCGGCAGCCAGUCUCAUCCCCUCUUCCUCAUUGCCCGCAGGAGCGGCAUUCUUCUUUGUGGAGAAGAAGGAUGGCUCACUUAGACCCUGCAAAUAUUAUCGAGGGCUGAAUGACAUCAUGGUGAAAUUUUUUUUAUCCUUUGCCGUUGAUGUCCUCAGCCUUCGAACUCUUGCAGGGGGCAUCCAUCUUUACGAAGUUGGACCUACGCAACUCUUAUCACCUGGUCCAAAUCAGGAAGGGGGAUGAGUGGAAGACGGCCUUUAACACUCAGGGGGCACUUCGAAUAUUUGGUAAUGCCUUUCGGAUUGGUCACAGCCCCUGCCAUCUUCCAGGGGCUCGUAAAUGAUGUGUUUAGAGACAUGGUUGAUCGUUUUCUGUUUAUUUUUAUAAUAUUCUGAUCUUCUCCCAGAAUAUCCAGGACCAUGUACAGCACGUCAGGCAGGUGCUUCAGCGACUGCUACAGAAUCAGCUGUUUGUCAUGGUGGAGAAGUGCGCUUUUCAUGCACAGUCGGUUCCGUUCCUGGGGUUCAUCGUUUCUUCCAAGGGAGUGCGUAUGGACCCUGCUAAAGUCAAAACCAUCUCUGAUUAGCCAAUCCCAGAUUCUUGCAAGGCAUUGCAGAGGUUUCUGGGGCUAAUUUUAUCGGAGGUUCAUUAGAAACUACAGCCAACUCUGCGUGUCUUUGAUAGAUUUCACCUUAACCCGCACUGACUUUUGCUAGUCUACGUGGGCUGAAGCCAGGUUUUCCAAGCUAAAGGAGUGGUUCUCUGCUGCACCUAUUUUGAUAACUCUCGACCCUGCUAGUCGGUUUGUGGUGAAGGUGGAUGUGUCCAAGUUUGUUGUUGAAGUGGUCCUUUCGCAGCGCUCUCCCUCGGAUGGAAAGGUCCGUGUGCACUUUUUCGCACCGCUGAUCACCUGCUGAACGUAACUACAACGUCGGUAACCAAGAAUUGCUUGCUGUCCGGUUGGCCUUGGCAUGUGGCGUCAUUGGUUAGAGGGUUCAGGGAUACCUUUCGUGGUCUGGACUGACCAUAAGAACCUAGAGUACAUCCGUAGCAUAAAACAAAUCAACUCUAGACAGGCUCGCUGGGAAUUAUUUUUCACUCGGUUUAAUUUCACACUUUUGUAUCGCCCGGGCUCUAAAAAUGUCUCUGUUUCAAAAUCGUGACCUCCACCAUCCCACCGGAUACCAUCCUACUCGCCUCUCGAGUGGUGGGCAUGGUAUCCUGGGAGGUGGAGGCUAAAGUCCGUGGUGUGCUACGAAACACUGUGCCCCACCACCACAUGCCCAGCGGGCAGGUUGUUCGGUGGUCAAUUUGGACGCAUGUCCUACAUUGGGGUCACUUGUCCAAUGUCGCUUGCCACCCAGGGACUACCCGCACCCAGGCGCUCAUUAGACAGCGUUUCUGGUGGCCAUUGCUUGCGUAGGAUGGAUGCCAGUUCAUUGCCACUUGCCCCAUUUGUGCAACAAAUAAGACCUCCUGUAACCCCCCGGCCGGCCUCUCCAACCACUGUCUGUCCCUUCGAGACCCAGGUCACACAUAGUCAUGGAUUUUGUAACUGGCCUCCCCCCUUCCCAUGGCAACACAGUAAUUUUGAAUGUAGUGGACUGGUUCUCGAAGGCUGCUUAUUUCAUUCCCCUCCCCAGAUUCCCCUCAGUGAGGGAGACAGCGGUAGCAGUCAUAAACCACGUCUUCCGCAUUCAUGGCCUCCCGGUCGAAGUGGUUUCUGAGAGAGGCCCCCAGUUUGUGUCACAUUUUUGGGCAGAGUUCAGUCGACAGCUGGGUGCUACAGUGAGUUUGUCCUCUGGGUUCCACCCCCAGACAAAUGGACAGGCGGAGUGAACUAAUCAGGAACUGGAAAAGACCCUGUACCGUAUGGCCUCCCAUAACCCAUCUUCGUGGAGCAAUAAUUUAUUCUGGGUCGAGUACGCUCACAACUCCUUGCCGUCGUCAUCUACAGGGUUAUUGCCCUUCCAGUGUAGCCUUGGCUACCAGCCCCCUCUGUUCCCGCUCAAGAGCCCAAUGUUCUGGUCCCGUCCAUACACACAUUUUUUGCAGAGGUGCCAAUGCACCUGGAAAGCCACCAGAGAAGCCCUCUUAUGGACUGGUGCUAUCGUCAAGAGGUCAGCGGACCGACACCAGUCUAAGCCCCCAGCUUACGUGUGCAGGCAGAAGGUUUGGUUGUCCUCCAAGUUCGCUCCGACUGCCCUCACGUAAGCUGAGUCCCAAGUUUAUCGGGCCAUUACCUAUCACCAAGGUCAUUAGUCCGAUGGCGGUCUGCCUCAAAUUACCACCUCACCUCAAAUGUAUUCACCCUGUUUUUCACAUCUCUAAAUUAAAACCGGUUUUUCAUUACAAUUUGCAUCCCACCACCCCCCUGUGUCAAGCAGCUAACUUUGCUCUCUUUGUCUAGUUGGUGCUGUCUCAUCUAUCUGUUGGUUACCUGUAUCUGCCCGCAUGUCAGGAAGUGUCAUUACCUUUCAGUUUGCUGUACGCCUGUCCUCGCCACCCACAAAUUGCCAGUCCAAGAUUCCUUGUCUUUGCCCGAGUGUCGGGAAUACGACUGCCCUCCUUCGUCCGGGCUUUGUUCUCUGCACCACACCACACUUCAGUGGACUCUUCCUACGGAUCUGCUCCUGACUUCCACAAUGCAUACACCCACUACUCACACACAGACUUGUUCCUUGCCUCCUGCCACUGUAUCCGCUGCUGGAAUUCUAAUACUUCACCAGCACAGUUUAUGUUGACAUUUGUUGUUAAUAAAUCUUUUGAACUGUUCUUCUGCAAAUGGGUCUCUGUCUCACUCUCGCUUUGACACCAGGUACACAUAUAUAUAUUUUCACAAUGCUCAAAAGGAGAACUACAUGACUUUAAAAUAUAGAAAAAAUAUCACCUCUAUUUUUGAAAAGGCUUUUAAAUUUGAACAUCACAUGCUUUCUGUUUGAAAAAGGAAAAAAAAUAAGGUGUCUUUCUGAAUGUAUUUUGUAUGGAAUUAAUGUAAAGAAUUUCUAACUAAUAAGAAAGUCUGCUGUGCACAGGAAAUAAAAUGGUUGGAACAAGA